AUGGGAUGUUAUGGCAACAGAUGUCAACGAAUUGUUGAAAAGCAACUAGUAGUUACUGAAAAGUCUGAACUUAUUAUAUAUGUACUCAACGUACAGCUCUCUGUUGAAGAAAUAGAAAUGUUUUAUCCUACUUCAUCUGUUACUUUAACAAAGCCCACCAUUUUAGAUAUUGAAAAAAUAAUAAGUACCCUUGAUAAAGCGUAUGUAUGUUAUGGUGCAGCCUUGGUUUCUGACUUUCCAAAUGUAAAACCAUCUUUUGGAUUUCAAUAUACCAUGAGCAAUGGUUAUUGGAAACAUUCAAACUGUAAAAAAAUAUCAAUUGAAAAUAGUGGUAUGUGUUCAUGGUGUCAACACCUAUAUUUUUCAUUGAAAAGAAAAUACAAGAGGUUAAUGGAUGGAGACAAAAUAAACAUAUUUUUCUCACCAUCUAAGUUAAAACCCCUAAAUAAACUAAGACAUACCAAGAGGAUAGUGAGACAAAAGGCUGCAAGAGCCAAUACUAGAAUCAUGAAGCUUCAAAAUAGUUUAAGGCAGGUACAAUACCAAAUGAAAAUGUUUUCUGAAGAAUCAUUAACAGAUAUAGUUGAAAAAUCUGGUAUUUCACAAAUCCAAUCAGAUUUAUUAUGUGAAAUAUUUGCAGCUGCAAAACUGAAAAAUAAUAAAAGUCAACGUUACUCAGAAAAUUGGAUGCUCUUAUGCCCAUUAUUUCAAAUUCGGUAA